AAACGCUUUCAGAUCAAAGUUAUUUCGGGGUAUACAAAAUACUUCAAUCGGAUAAGACGUUAAUUCAGAACAAGCACUCGAGAAUCUAUAUUUCAACCCAUACUACGAGACUCUAUUUUAUAGAGUCGAAAAUCCUUGUGAUCGGACAUGAACAUUCGCGUAGAUGUACGCGUACGUUCGCGCAAGAAGAAGAAAGGUUGUUGCUGGGCUUUUGCGGUGGUGGCGGCGGGGGAGGGACUAAACAAAAUCCACUACGGGUCACUGGUGGAUUUGUCGGAGCAACAACUCCUAGACUGCGAACCUUACUCCAAGGGCUGCGGCGGCGGAAGCAUGGAGGAUGCGUACGACUACGUGGUGGAGAACGACGGGUUAGCCGAGGAGAAAGACUACCCGUACGUCAGCCAGAAGCGGACAUGCCGCGACGAGAAGGUGGAUGGCGUCGCCAGCACCAAGAGCUACGCCUCCGUCCCCGCGUUGCACAACGAGGCGGCACUCCUCGCCGCCGUGGCGGGGCAGCCCGCCUCCGCCACGAUAGCUUUCGGGGACGACUAUGUCCCCAGGUUCAAGAAUUACCACGGGGGAGUUUACUCUCCGGAUCCUCGCGGGUAUUACGAGGAUCCGAAAGGGAACUUCCACGAUAUCGCUAUCGUGGGACUGAUGUUUGACCAGGUAAUGACAUUUGCAGCUGCAAAGUUCAAGACAAACCAGAAUGGUCUCCCCUAUCUCUUGUUGAUCUAUAAGAUCUUGAAGAGUCAGGGAUUUGCUAAAGAGAAACCUGAAGAAGAAGAAGAACUGAUCCCACUGCUGUUGCAAGUAGACAGCAGGUUUUUUGCCCCUAAAAAUAAAAAGUAUAAACACGUUAAACAUGUCCCCUUUCCUCCAAAACCAUCCCUCCCGCCGAUCAAUAUGGUUCUCCCAAACUUUUGUUCCAAGUUUGCCCUUGGAUGGUUUGUCUCGACCGUGCUAGCCGUGGCGGCUCAGACAAGCCAAGCAGCCACGGCUAGCACUGGAGGCGAUUCGUUUCAAGACCUUCCCGUGGAGGAGCACUUUGAGCAGUGGAUGGUUCUUCACGAACGGUCCUAUGAGGACGAGUUCGAGAAGGAAAAGCGGUUCAAUAUUUUCAAGAAAAACAGAGAGUACGUCGAGUCCUUCAAUAAGGCUGGCAAUCGCACCUUCACCCUCGGCAUCAAUGCGUUUUCCGACAUGACCGACCAGGAGUUCAUGGACACUUACCUCAGCAACAAUUGCUCCGGACCGCCGGCACCACCACCACUGCGCCGCCCCCGCCGCCGCGGGAUCCGCCGUACGCAUUCGCCGAAACAAGAUGGCGGGCCCGUGCAUAAUGUGAGUUUGGAUUAUAUUCCCGCCGAGAUAGAUUGGGUGAAGCUAGGCGCUGUCACUAGCGUGAAAAACCAAGGAACAUGCGGUUGUUGCUGGGCUUUUGCCACAGUGGCGGCUUUGGAAGGACUAAACAAAAUCCAUUACAAGACGCUUUUGGACUUGUCGGAACAACAUCUCCUAGACUGCGACACCAAGUCCCACGGCUGCAACGGGGGAGGCAUUGACCGAGCGUUCGAGUACGCGGUGGGGAACGAGGGGAUAGCCAAGGAGGAGGACUACCCCUUCGUGGGGUACCAGGGGAGAUGCCGCGAGGACGAGGUGGAGCCCUAUGGUAGCAUCGAGAGCUACAAGAUGGUCCCGAAGAACGAUGCGUGGGCCCUACAAAGGGCAGUGGCACUGCAGCCUGUGGCUGCUGCGAUCACUUACGGACCGGACUAUGUCCCGGAGUUCAAGAACUACUUUGGGGGGAUUUACCACCCCGGCAAGGGCGGGUAUUGUGGGUACGGGACACGCCACGCCGUUGCCGUGGUGGGGUACCACACCAAUCCUAAUUAUUGGAUCAUCAAGAACUCUUGGGGUACGGUGUGGGGAGAGGACGGUUAUAUGAGGUUGGCAAGAGAUCCCAGUAUUAUUGGACCUUGCGCGGCGGCGGCGGUUGUGACAUGCCAAGCCGCCCCCGAUAGUACUAUGGGUGACGACCCAUUCCAAGAACCGUCCGUGGAGGAACACUUUGAGGAGUGGAUGGUUCUCCACAAACGGACCUACAGAGACGAACUCGAGAAGGAAAAACGGUUCACCAUUUUCAAGCAAAACAAAGAGUACGUCGAGUCAUUCAAUAAAGCUGGCAAUCGCACCUUCACACUUGGCAUCAAUGCGUUUUCCGACAUGACCGACCAGGAGUUCAUCGACGCCUACCUCAACGGAAACUAUACCGGACCUCCACCACUACGCCGCCCUGUAUCUUCUAAGCAUUCAUCCAAACCAUAUAGUGGUUCGUCCUUUCAUAAUGUGAGUUUGGGCACUCUUCCAGCCGCGGUAGACUGGGUGAAGCAAGGAGCUGUGACUAGGGUUAAAAAUCAAGGAACAUGCGGUAGUUGCUGGGCAUUUUCGGCAGUAGCGGCCCUGGAAGGACUAAACAAAAUCCGUUCUGGGACGCUUUUGGCCUUGUCAGAGCAACAACUCGUAGACUGUGACACUGAUUCGCACGGUUGCGUAAGUGGCCAUGCUCAAACUGCAUUCGUUUACGCGGUGUCGAACCACGGGCUAGCAAAGGAGGAGGACUACCCGUACACUGAAAAGCAGGGCGCGUGCCAUCAUGGCAUGGGUGCGUUCGGCGGCAUCAGGUCCUUCCAAAACGUCCCGAAGAAUGACGCGUGGGCCCUCCUCACCGCCGUGGCACGCCAGCCCGUCUCCGCCGUUGUAACUUUCGGUUCGGACUUCGUCCCGGAGUUCAAAAACUACAACGGCGGGAUUUACCACCCGGGCAAAAGCGGGUAUUGCGGGGACGGGAAUGUCCACGCUUUUGUCGUGGUCGGGUACCAAACCAACCCGAGCUAUUGGCUCAUCAAGAACUCAUGGGGCACAUCGUGGGGAAUCAAUGGGUAUCUUUGGUUGGCCAGAGACCCGAGUAUAAUUGGACCUUGCGGAAUUCUCCGCGACGCGAGUUAUCCCCUUGCUUAGCUCUUUAAUUGAUCGAUUCAUUUUCUUUACUACCAUCUAAUUAGCUCCAUUAUAAUAUUCUUUCCACCAUUAUUUAAGCUUUCAUGAUCUCAAUAAAAAUUACUCCCUCUCUAGAGGAAUAUUACUCCCUCCGUUCUACAAAACACUUCCGUUUUAAUUUUUUGUGCAUCCCAUAAAAUACUUCCGAAUUUCGUUGAACGUAGUUAGAAAACUCAUUCGACUGAAAGGUACGUUCAGUUGCUGAAAGAUAGAGGCUACCUAAAAUGUCUAAAAUACCCCUAAAACAACUUCUACCCGCAAUAAACUACAUAAUGGGGU